CAAAACAAUAGCAGCUGGAUAAGUUGGGUGUCGAAAUAUUCUUUCAACACCAAUCAACGACUCAUACGGGCUGGAGCAACAUGUCACACGGUUAACUUUCUCCCCCCCCCCCCCGUAAAAACCCGUGUUCUUAUUCCGUAUGCGGACCGCGUCCACCUCCUGUGAUGGGUUUAUAAAUGCAGAGUCCGGGAGCAUUUUCCUUUUCACGCCCGGCGAGUCUCUGCGUGAGGACGGCACCGACCGAGCAUCUUCCUUUUCUGACGGAGAGAGGGAGAGGGAGGGAGAUCGAGAGAGGGAAAGGAGGAGAAAGGACAGACCUCACCCGCACCUCAGUCUGCUCUGAACCUUUCUACCGGACCGCAGUGGAUGGAUCAACAGCGCAAGAUGUGAAAAAAAAAGGGAGGCUUCUUUCUUCUUUUUUAUUUUCGGCAGGCUGCAGAGUGUUUGAUCACAGGAGCUUCUUCGCGCACAGAGAGGGAUCAGCUGCCUCGCUUUUUCUCUCUGCGCUCUUCCCUCAACGGGGAAGUGGGAUGCGGGUUACGCAGCAUCACCGGCGCCGUCGUUGCAAUCAUCCUCACAGAUACACCUUCCACUUCUUAAGGCCUAUCAGAUUGUGAGCCCGUGGAACAAUAAUAAUAAAAACAACAACAACAACUCUUUAACCGGCGAGGAAAAAAGGGGGGGCUCAUUUCUACUGGUGAUAAAGAGAAGAGGGAUAUUUUUCAAACUCCUUCGGAUGUGAUUUCCCUCACCUGCCACCCGCUCUCUCUUCCCCCUCUUUCACCCCUCUGCUCUUAUUUUCUGCCUCUGUCCCGUGAAAGCGGGAAAAGAUCUGUUCAUCCAAAAAAAAAAAAAAAGAGAGAGAGAGAGGGGGAGAGAUUUCCCCGGACCGCUGUUGAUCUUAUCGCUAUCGCAUUUAAUCUGUCCAUUUCUCUGUCCGGAGAGUGUCGGUGGUGGAGGGGAGCUGCGUGAGAUCCAGAGACCCGAGGAGGGGAAAUUGAGUUACUCUGCAAAUUACAGGCUUUUCUUGCGAUUCAACGUGAGUUCUGCGGACCGAACCGCACAAACCCCGCGCCAAAGUGAGAGGGAAAUUGAUUUUUAAGUCGAGCAAAGAAGGCAGCAAAGGGGUCCUGCGAGCAGCACCUCACCUCAAAGAAACCAGACUGCGUGUCUGCGUGUACGUAUGCACACACCUCUGCAGGUGCUGGCUCGCACUAUAUGUGUACGUGAGAUGACGAGAAGCUAAGUGACUUCCACAACCACCUAGAUCAGACAGCCCUCUGUGCUGCAAGAUGGAUUAAAGCCCCGCACCUCAGGAGAUCAAAGGUGGCUGUGACAGGGGCACACCUGGGGCAGGACCCAUGAGGAGUCAUAGAAGAUGCUCACAGCCUGGGCGCUUCUGCUCUUCUUAGCCAUGUGGGUGAGAAGCACCUCUGGUGGCCCGCUCUCCUUCAGGAUAGCUGCCAUUCUUGAUGAUCCUAUGGAGUGCAGCAGGGGAGAGCGUUUAGCCAUCACGCUGGCCAAAAAUAACAUCAACAGGAGCAGCAACCGCUCUACAACAGGCAAGCUGGAGGUGGACAUCUUUGAAUUGCUAAGAGACAGUGAAUAUGAGAUGGGGGAGACAAUGUGCCAGAUAAUGUCUAAAGGGGUUGUGGCAGUCCUCGGCCCAUCUGCCAGUCCAGCUUCUAACUCCAUCAUCAGCAAUAUAUGUGGAGAGAAAGAGGUGCCGUAUGUCAAAGUGGCUCCAGAGGACAUCCUGAAGGUCCAGUUCCCCCGCUUCACAACUCUGGACUUGAGACCAACGAAUACCGACAUCAGCUUGGCCGUGGCCGGCCUUCUUACAUUCUUUAACAGUACCGCCUCCUGCCUCAUCUGUGCCCAGGCUGACUGCUUGUUGAACCUGGAGCAGCUGCUCAGACAGUUCCUAAUCUCCAAGGAAACCCUGUCAGUGCGCAUGUUGGAUGACAGCCAGGACCCGACCCCUCUCCUGAAAGAGAUCCGUGACGACAAGACGGCCACCAUCAUAGUGGACGCCAAUGCCACCAUGUCACAUAUCAUUUUAGAACGGGCAUCAGAGUUGGGGAUGUUGUCUGUCUACUACACUUACAUCUUCACCUCCCUGGAAUUCACUUUGCUGCGACUGGAUGAUGUGGCUGACCAGCGGGUCAACAUUGUCGGGUUUUCAGUCUUCAAUAAAACGCAUCCCUUCUUCCAGGAAUUUGUGCUGAGCCUCAAUCGCUCCUGGCAGGAGAACUGUGACCAUGCGCCCUUUGCCGGCACUCCGCUCUCGUCAGCCCUGCUCUUUGAUGCGGUAUACGCAGUGGUUGCAGCGGUCCAGGAGUUGAACCGUAGCCAGAACGUCGGCGCUACUCAGCUCUCCUGCAAGUCAUCCAAGAUCUGGGAGCACGGCACGAGCCUCAUGAAUUACCUUAGGAUGGUAGAAUUGGAAGGCCUAACAGGACACAUCGAGUUCAACAGCAAAGGUCAGAGGUCCAACUACGCCCUGCGGAUCAUGCAGAACAGCAAGGAAGGCCUAAGGCAGAUUGGCCUGUGGCACUCUGAAGAUGGACUGUCCAUGGAGAGAACUCUUCCAUCAAUCAACGUGACAGACACCCUCUUCAACACAACUCUUACAAUCACAACAAUACUGGAGAAUCCGUACGUAAUGCUGCGGCCAAACCACCAAGAACUGGAGGGGAAUGACCGCUACGAAGGCUUCUGCGUGGACAUGCUGAAGGAGCUGGCAGACAUCCUCAAGUUUAAGUAUCGUAUCCGGCUGGUCGGGGACGGCGUCUACGGCGUUCCUGGAGCCAACGGAACGUGGACCGGGAUGGUCGGAGAGCUCAUCUCCAGGAAAGCUGACCUGGCCGUGGCCGGACUCACCAUCACAGCGGAGCGCGAGAAAGUGAUCGACUUCUCCAAGCCUUUCAUGACCCUGGGAAUCAGCAUCAUGUACCGUGUCCACCUGGGACGUCGGCCGGGCUACUUCUCCUUCCUAGAUCCCUUCUCCCCUGGCGUCUGGCUCUUCAUGCUUCUGGCCUAUUUGGCCGUCAGCUGCGUCCUCUUUCUAGUGGCCAGACUGACGCCGUACGAAUGGUACAACCCCCACCCCUGUCUGAAGGGACGCUGCAACUUGUUGAUCAACCAGUACUCGCUCGGCAACAGCUUCUGGUUCCCUGUCGGCGGAUUCAUGCAGCAGGGAUCCACCAUCGCUCCCAGAGCAUUGUCAACACGUUGCGUCAGCGGAGUGUGGUGGGCCUUCACAUUAAUCAUCAUCUCCUCGUACACCGCCAACUUGGCCGCCUUCCUGACUGUUCAAAGGAUGGAGAUGCCAAUAGAGUCGGUGGACGACCUGGCGGAUCAGACAGCGAUAGAGUACGGCACCAUGCAUGGAGGAUCCACUAUGACUUUCUUUAUGAACUCCCGCUACCAGACCUACCAACGCAUGUGGAACUUCAUGAACUCCAAGCAGCCCAGUGUGUUCGUGAAGAGCACUGAGGAGGGCAUCGCCCGGGUCCUGAACUCCAACUACGCCUACUUACUGGAGAGCACCAUGAACGAGUACUACCGCCAGAGGAACUGCAACCUGACUCAAAUCGGAGGACUGCUCGACACCAAGGGCUACGGCAUCGGCAUGCCACUGGGGUCGGUGUACCGCGACGAGUUUGACCUCGCCAUCCUCAAACUUCAGGAGGACAAUCGUUUGGAGAUUCUCAAGAGGUUUUGGUGGGAGGGCGGCAAGUGUCCAAAGGAGGAGGACCACCGGGCCAAAGGUCUGGGUAUGGAGAACAUCGGCGGGAUCUUCGUGGUGCUCGUGUGCGGCCUGCUGGUGGCGAUCUUCAUGGCUGUGCUGGAGUUUGUUUGGAUGUUAAAACAAGCCCCAGGAAAUGAGUCGGUGUGUGAGGAGAUGCUGCGGGAGCUCCACGGGAUCGUGUUGUGUCGGGACAGCCUGCAGGUGAGGCGCCGGCGGGCGGCGUCGCUGAUGCGGCCGCGGCCUCUGCCCCUGGAGGAACGUCGAGCGCGAGCCGCCGCCGUCAGCCUCAGCAACGGCAAACUGUGCGCGGGCACCGGCCUGCCCGAGCCGCUCUCCCACAGACUGGCGCAGGAGGCCGCCCUGGUGGCGAGGGGCUGCAGCCACAUCCGGAUCUGCCCCGAGUGCAGACGCUUCCAGGGACUCCGGAUGCGUCCCGCCGGGGCCGGCGAGGCCCUUCCCUCUCCCACGCACAGCGAGGAGAGCAUAGAGUGGGACAAAACCACAAAUAGCAGCGAACCUGAAUAACACUAGGAAAAUCCAGCAAGACUGACUUUUCCGACAGACACCUCUCUCUCUUUUUUCCAGGGAUCAAAGACCGCGUGGUAUUUUUAUCCAGCCAUUCUGAGCUUGUUCUUGAAAAGCAGGAUGGCGCUGCAGACUUUGUUUUGCCCUUGAAGCAACAGCCUAAAGUUAGAUUUUGAAAUGUUUUUGGAUGAUUUCUGUUUUCCUUGGUCAGAGGAAAGAGAACUGAUGAGCGUGUCUCAUUGCGGUCUGUCCCUGGAGGCCCUUUGUACCCUGUGAAGCAGGGCAGACAAAAACAGCUACGGGGCAUUUGUACUAUGCAGUAUUUCCAGUCAUUUAUCAUUGUGCGGU